AUGGCCAUUGAGACAUCUCCGUACGUCGUUGCCGGCAUCCCAGUCCUGCUCACCCCAGCUGUCCCAAAUGACAGUCCAAACGCAAAAUAUAACGGCAUCAAGCCCUCUGUCACCAUCUUGCACAAAGGCCACCGGAAAAGCCCGGGUUUCCGUCCUUUCCCGGUGGACACUAUUUGGGAGAGAGAUAUCACCAUCCCUAUGCGUGAUGGCAUUCUUCUCCGGGGGGAUGUUUUUCGGCCCACAAAUAGCAAAGGGCUUCCAGCUUUAAUUGCUUUCAGCCCAUAUGGGAAAUCUGGAGACGGCUUUUCGGCUCUUAAUCAUGUAGAAGGUCGGGCAGGUGUUCCAGUAGAGAAGCUUUCAGGCUACGAGUCUUUCGAAGCGCCUGAUCCAGCGGAAUGGACGCAGCACGGAUACGCUGUAGUCAACGUCACCACCAGGGGCAUACAAGGCUCCGAAGGGCAUCAUAAGUGGCAUGGGAAGGCUGAAGCCCGCGAUGGCUAUGAUACUAUAGAAUAUAUCGCACAGUUGCCAUGGUCUGAUGGUCACACCGCUUUGGCUGGCAACUCAUGGCUCGCAACUAAUCAAUGGUUCAUCGCAGCUGAGCAACCGCCACAUCUGACUUGCAUUCUACCACUUGAGGGUUUGAGUGACGUUUAUCGAGAGACUUUAUGCAGAGGUGGCGUUCCGUACCUCCCCUUCUGGUCAUUCCUUGGAAACAAUCUAUUCAGCAACAAUGAACGGGAGGAUGUAAUCUCCAUGAUCAACAAGUAUCCUCUGAUGAAUGACUAUUGGGAGGAUAAAAGAGCCAAGGCCAAUCUGAUCACAGUGCCUGCAUACGUGUUAGCAAGUAUGUCGACUGGUCUUCACACUGUUGGCUCAACCCGGUGCUUUGAGGAUAUCCCUCACGAGAAGAAAUGGCUGCGGAUGAAUGCCACGCAGGAGUGGCAUGAUCUGUAUCGAGACGACACGAAUGCAGAUUUAAAAAAGUUCCUUGACUUUUACAUGAAAGGAGCAGAAAACGGAUGGGAAAUGACUCCUAAAGUACGAAUCUCAGUCAUCCGGUAUAAUCAGUCACCUAUUGAAAAUGUUCCUUUUAACAAUUGGCCGAUACCCGAAACUCAGCAUCGAACUUUGUGGCUCUCCCACAAUGGCGCCCUUGAAGCUGCACAGGAGUCGGUGGUCCCCGGAAAAAUCUCCUAUCAGUCUGAUGCCCCAGCCCUCCAAGAAGAUGACGAUCCCGAGUUCGUCGAGUUCUCUUACACCUUUACAGAGAAAUCUACCAUGAUCGGUCCCGCCCGUGCGGUUCUUUAUAUGUCAUGUUCUGACCAUGAUGAUAUGGACGUCUUUGUUAUCCUACGCAAGGCAGACAAGGAUGGAAACAUUUUGCGCAACUACAACAUUCCUAUCCAGGAUCUUGUUGGUGUCAAUGAUCAGAAAGAUGUUGCUCUUAUCAACACACUGCAAUAUGUUGGUCCGACUGGCGUUCUGCGAGCAAGUCACCGGGCACUUGACCCAAACUUAUCAAAGCCACACUGGCCAGCCCAUGAUCACACCAAGGAGACGAAACUCCAAAGCUCAGAGGUGGUCAAGUUAGAGAUCGGAAUUUGGCCUUCUGCUAUCCAGUUCGAAGCUGGAGAGAAGCUCAUUCUCAGAGUGGCUGGUCAUCAGAUGACUUUGGCGGAAUUCGAACCUCUACGCGGCGGCUUUAAGACAGGGAACAUUGGAAGACAUUAUCUUCACUUGGACAGUGAUAAUUACCCGAGUCGUAUUACAGUACCAUUAGUCGAGAUAUAA